UAGCGGGCUGCGCCUAGUGAUUUUAUCCCCAAAAAUUCUGGCGGGAGCGCUUGCAUUUUUAAGAACUUUGGCGCCAACAAAUUUGGGCGGACUCUAGUCUCGUCUAGUCCAGUACAGCACUCGUACUCUAUCUACGAGAGAAAGGAGAAAGGAGAGAGACAGAGGACCAAAAUCUUGGGGAGGCGGAAUGAGGAAGCAGAAUAAGAAGACGUACCCGAGCAGGAUCCGAUCGUCCGGCGGCCAGACCACCCUGCAAUCGUUCCUCGUCAAGCCCAGAGUCGCCGAUGGGGAACAAAAUCCCUACCCGCCGGUAGCGGAGGACGGUGAGAUUCCGAACUCCCCGCCGGCGCCGCCGAAGCGGGAGAUCGUCAGGGUCACCAAGAAGACCAUCAGGGAGAAGGCGAGCGCGUUCUCGUCGGUGGGCUCCUCGGCGAAGCGCGGGGCUGGCGCGAGCGCUCUGGACGCGGCGGUGUUCAAGCGGUUCAACGGCUUGUCGCCCCCAGCGGCGAGAGCUGGCGGUGGCGCCGCCGCUGCGGAGGCGGGGGGCGACGCGGACGACGGCGAUGGCGGCGUCCGGCUCGACGUCGAGGACAUCGCGGCGGGGGGCCGCCGCUGGGAGUCGCGGAAGCGGAAGAGCCCCUUCGGAGGCAACGAGGGGCGCACGAGCAGCAACGCCGGGCACGUGGUGGUGCUCGGGGACGACCCGAAGCCGAGGCCGCCGGCGACGAGGAGGGGGAGGGGAAGGGGAAGGCUCGCUGGCCGCGGCGAGGGCAGCCGUGGCCUGUACAACCACUACGCGAGCGGCGGUGGGCUGUGGGAGGGCGAGCAGGAGGGCGUCGACGGCGAGGAGGUCGGGUGGACCGAUGACAUGUGGGAAGGCAUGGGCUCCAUCACGCUCGGCGGCAUGGAGUGGCACUAGCCGCCGCAGAGCUUGCAUUCGACUCGAAUGUCAGUCAGACCCCAGUUUGCAAGAUGUGAUGUGUAAUGUAAAAUUCCAUGAAAACAGUCUAGUUUAUUCGAAUUCCAGACGACGUUAUCCUGCGUUAAAAUGUUCCUGCAAUUCAUUAUGGAAAUAAGACGGAACGCAGAGUUGAAAA